AUGGCCGUGUUGAAAUUCUCCAUCACUGCGGAAGCGACUGCCCGCAUCUCUGAGAUCCUCACUUGUCUCGCCAAAUUUGGUGACGGCGUUGCCAUCGAAGCGCGUCGCGAAAAGGCGCGUCAGCCCGCAUUGAAUCUGUCCAAGACGGCGUAUGCUUCCUUUGCGUUCGAUGCUGAGACUUUCUUCAUCGAGUACAGCUUCGAUGCCGGACAAUCAUCGACUGUUAAUGACCGUUUCACCUGUCAACUGCUCAAUAAGGCUCUCCAAUCAGUCUUCAAACUGCGAUCAGGCGAUCCAAGGGGCCGCGAAACUGCGAUUGAUCGCUGCGAUGUCGCGAUUCAAGACGGACUGGAUGUGGCGGAAAGCCGAUUUAUCGUGAAGAUGAUCACCAAGUCUGGGAUGACGAAAACUUACAGAUUGACCUUUGAAUCGGUGGAGAUCAUGCACGCUCUCUUUGACAAGCUGUCGGCUCCUCAGGGAUGGCGGAUUGCUUCAAGGAUUCUGCGCGAGUACAUUGAAUAUUUUGGACAUAAGACAGAACAAUUAGAUAUGCUCGCGCAGGAUGGCAAGGCUAUUUUCACCAGCUUCACGGAGAAGAUCCAAGACGGCAAAGAAGUACUAAAGCAACCACUCGAGACGGCGAUCACUAUUCACACAACCGAAUUCGAUGACUUUCACGUGCAGGAGAAUGUACACAUCGUGAUCAGUGUCAAGGACUUUCGGGCGAUAGUCACUCAUGCCGAAACACUGCGCGCUCCCAUAUCUGCUUACUUCUCUUCUCCUACACGACCUCUUCAAUUUGCUUAUCAGAGUCGGGGUCUCAAUUGCGAGUUUACUUUAAUGACCGCUGGAAGCGCAGCGUCGCUGUCGUCGACUCAAGUCGCAAAAUUCGUAUCAACAAGGAGUGCAUCAAAGCAACCUUCGACCCUCUCUGGGCCUCGGCCGACGGAUCAAACAACCUCGUCAUUGUCGGCUGCCCGGUCGAUCAUGAGUAAGCCGCUUUCAAGCCAAAGCCGCCGCCCUCCGCUCCGUGAACAGGUUCUUACACAAUCAGUGGAGAACCCUGACGCGGAAGAUAGUCUUUUCAUUCGGGAUCGCACCGCGGCUGAUGAAGAUCAGACAUGGGAGCCCCAGAACUAUGAUGAGGACGAUGGAGCAAUGCUCGGAUGGGACACGAGCAAUGAUCAGCACAGUGAUGGUUUUCGUCUGGCGCAUCAAGGACACGCAACAGCUACACGAUUUUCAAACGAUAUUCAUGAAGAAGCACGGCCAACUCAAGAAGGAAUCGAACCCACUCAGCGUUUAUCGCAAGUAAGUAUUCCUGUAUCUUUCAGGCCAAGCAUAAUAAACUAA